AUGCUUGACCCCAAAGAAGAAGAUCUUGAAAAGCUGGCAGAGACCUGUCUCGCCACGGCAAAGCAGAUCAAAGAACAUCUCGCGGCGAACAAGCAACCACAGCCAACAUUUGACCAGACCGGCCCAUCCGCUUUCCCUGCAACCACACCCGAAAUUCAACAGGCACGACUCGGCCUCCGCACCGCCGCCAGGAGACUCUACGACCUGGCCUCGGGCCCGGAAGACAUCGUGACAUGGCAUCUCUAUCAAAGCUGCCACGAUCUCAACGCCUUCCGCUACGUGUUCCACUACAACAUCCACACGGCCGUGCCCCUCGACGGAACCAUAACGUACACGGAUCUAGCAUCCAAACUCUCCCUCGACGCCUCGCAAUUGAAACAGAUGCUCCGCCAGAUCAUGCCGAUCCACGUCUUCACCGAGCCCAAGCCAGGCCACGUCGCGCACACGGCCUCGUCACGCCUUCUCGCCACCGACGCCGGCAUCGCAAGCUACACGGGCUUCAUGGUCGAGGGCACGUUCCCCUACGCGGCAUGCCAAAUUGAGACGUUUGAGAAAUGGGGCCACGGCCGCCCAGAGCCCAACCGCACGGCCGUCAGCCACUAUUACGCGACGGACCUGUCCAUGUUCGAGUACUUCGAGACGCAUGCCCCAAGCGUGCGCGACCGCUUCGCCCGCCUGAUGACCCACAUGUCGAGCAACCCGUUGAUGGCCAACGGGCACGUGGCCAGCGGGUUCGACUGGUCCUCAUUGCCGCAGGACGGUGUGGUUGUCGACGUCGCAGGCGGGAUGGGCCACUGUUCGAACCGGAUUGCCGAACGCACGGCGCCGACCGUGAAAUUGAUCGUGCAGGAUCUGCCCAAGAUCAUCGCCCAGGCGAGCGACCCGGCGACGUGCGUCAUACCGCAGCCGCUGAGGGGUCGGUUCGAGUUCAUGGCCCAUGAUUUUUACGAGGUCCAGCCCGUCAAGGGCGCCGCCGUGUACUUUUUGCGCAUGAUUCUGCACAGCUACUCGGACGCCUACGCGCUCCGCAUCCUCCGCAACAUUAUCCCCUCGUCCCGUCCCAAGAUGACACCGACCUCCAAACUCAUCAUCAUGGACCAAGUCAUGCCCCGACAAGUCAACACGCUCCCCGAACCCCUCGAACGCAUCAAACGCAGCCAGGACCUGCAGAUGAUGCUCCUCUGCAACGCCAAGGAGAGGGACGAAACGGAGUGGGCCGACCUCUUUGCGCGGGCGGGCGAAGGGUUGAUAUCGGAGGGCGGCACCGAGUUGGGGAUCUUGGCCAUCAGGACGCCGGUGGGGAGUAUGAUGAGUUUGAUUGAGGUUGGGUUUGUAAGUGCCGCUGGUGGUAGCGGCGCGGAUGGGGGAAGCGAGGGCUAG